CCCUCAGGGCUCAGCUUCGGCCAGUGCCCGAAGGAUGGCGUGCGGGGCUUCGCGCGUGCACUACCUGGAGGGCUUCUGUUGCCCAGUAGGGGGCCUAGCGGCGGGUAAGCCUCGCGUGCUAUGCCACGAAGAGAAGGUCUUCCUGUCCACCGGGCGCGAGUUCGUCUACGUGUACGACCUGGAAGGCGGGCUGCUGACCGCGGUGUACCAGUUCCCCGACCAGGUGUGGCAUCUGCAGCUCCUGGCCCCGCGUAGUGCACUCUAUGUCCUGUGUGCACGCAGAGGCAUCUACUGCCUGUCGCUGGACCCUCCGAGCAGAAGGUCUUGGAGCCAGGCUUCUGAGGACCGAGAGGAUGGGGACCUCCCUUACCCUGUGAUCUGUGUGGACCCAGAUGCCUGUGUCCUUCCUGAUGCUGCACUCUGUGCCUUCACUGUGCUUGAUGAUGUGCUGGUCACCCUGCGGCAGGGCCCCACCCAGUGGAAAAUGCAGCUGUUUGAGCGCCCCUGUCUAGGGGAGGAGCCCCAGCCGGGAGGCCAGUUGGGUGAGGUGGAGUUGUCAACCUGCACCCCCCCAGCUGGGAUUCCAGAGAAGCCUGAAGUCCCCCAUUUCCUGCCAGUGUUGUGCUGCAUGUCCCCGCCUGGCUCCCAAGCACCUCGCAGCCGCCCCCAGGGCUGUGGGUACUUCACGUUAGAGGAGGUUCUCUUUGGUCUACUCUUUGGAGCUGAUGCCACCCUCUUGCAGUCACCUGUGAUCCUGUGUGGUCUCCCUGAUGGUCAGCUUUGCUGUGUGGUCCUGAAGGCCUUGGUCACCUCCAGAUCAGCCCCUGGUGACCCCAAAGCCCUGGUCAAGAUCCUCCAUCACCUGGAGGAGCCCGUGGUCUUCAUUGGGGCGGUGAGGACAGAGCUACGAGCCCAGGAAGCUGCAGAAGGAGAGGUGCUACCUGAUGAGGAUGUUUACUCCAACUGCUUGGUAGCCCUUGGUCACCACGGCCGGACACUGGCCAUCAAGGCCAGCUGGAACGAAUCAGGGAAUGUGGUGCCCGAGCUUCGAGAGUACUGCCUCCCAGGGCCUGUGCUCUGUGCCGUCUGCGGUGGGGAUGGCCACAUGUACCACAGCACACCCUCAGACCUCUGCAUGGUAGACCUGACUCAGGGAAGCACCCCCUGGGGUCCAGAGAAACCUGAUGGGACCCUGGGGAGCCUGCCCUCCGUGCUGUACCCAGCCAGCUUGAGCAUCUGCAGUGUUGUCACACUGUGUGUGUCACCACAGACGCCUGCAGGUGGCACUGAGCUCCUGGCCCUGUCUGCCAAAGGCCGCCUGAUGACCUGCAGUCUGGACCUGAAAUCUGAAGUGCCGGGUUCUGCCAGAAUGACCGUGGCAAAUGCAGGCCAGAAAAUCAAGGAGCUGCUCUUGGACAUCGGUGAUGUCUCUGAGAGAGUGUCCUUUCUGAAGAAGGCAGUUGACCAAAGGAACAAGGCCCUGACAAGCCUCAAUGAGGCCAUGAACGUGAGCUGUGCCCUGCUGUCCAGCCGGGAGGGCACCCGGCCCAUCUCGUGUACCACUACCAUCACCUGGAGCCGCCUGGAGCUGCGGGACACGCUGCUGGCCACCUGCCUGUUAGAGAAUGGUAGUGGCUUCACCCUGGACCAGGGCUGGACCUUGUGCAUUCAGGUGCUCACCAGUUCCUCCGCCUUGAACCUGGAUGCUGCUGGCUCGGCCAUUACCUAUACCAUCCCAGUGGACAGGCUCAGCUCUGGCAGUCGGCGGGAGGUGACGCUACCCCUGGGCCCUAACGAGAGUGGCGUGCUCGACCUGCCGGUGACUGUGUCCUGCUCGCUCUUCUACAGCCUCAGGGAGGUAGUGGGUGGGGCCCUGGCUCCCUCGGAUCCCCUGGAGGACUCAUUCUUGGAGGAUCAUCCCCUCGACCUUCCUGAGCAGGAGGGUGUCUGCCUGCCUCUGAGCAAGCGUACGGUCGACAUGCUGCAGUGCCUGCGCUUUCCCAGCCUGGCUUCAGCCCCUGAACAGGCAUCCUUCACAUCUGGCCCCCCCAGGGACCCCGUGGACACCUUCUUGGAGACCUGCCAGGCCUUGGGCAGUGAGCCGGCCAGCUCUGCCUCUCUGCGGGCCAAGUACCUGCCUCCAUCCACAGCCUCCAUCAGGGUGUCAGCAGAGCUUCUCAGAUCUGCCCUGGAGGAUGGUCACUCAGGCUCCCCCCUGUGUAGUGCCACCCUGCAAUGGCUCCUCGCAGAGAAUGCUGCUGUGGACAUCGUGAGGGCCCAGGAGCUGUCUUCCAUCCAGGGAGUGGCCCCUGAUGGCACUGACAUUCAUCUCAUUGUCCGUGAGGUGGCUGUGACUGACCUGAGCCCUGCAGGCCCCAUCCAGGCUGUGGAGAUCCAAGUGGAGAGCUCCUCCUUGGCUGACAUAUGCAGGGCUCACCAUGCCAUCAUCAAGCGCAUGAAGACAAUGGUCACAGAGCAUGCAGCCCAUGGUUCCAGCCCGCCUGAUCUCCGCAUGCAGUAUCUCCACCAGAUCCAUGCCAACCACGAGGCACUGCUCCGUGAGGUACAGACAUUGCGUGACCGGCUGUGCACAGGGGAUGAGGAGAACUCCUGUGCUGCAGCCCAGAGGCUCCUGCAGGUGUACAAGCAGCUGCGCAACCCCAGCCUUGUCCUACUGUGACCAGCUGCUGGACACUUCCUGCCCAGAGUGUUGGAGCUGCCCUGACAGCAACCCUUCCUGGAACUUUCACAGCCCUGAUGGGGACCAUCACUGCGCAAAUGGGCAGCCACGGAGACAGGGUUUCUGGGGUCUAGACUUGUGGAUUUGAGACUGUUGUCACUGCUGAUGCUACCACACCCCAGGGGCACUGGCUGCCUCUCUGGGAUCACCAAGUGGCAGGGUGCUCUCUGCGACCAAAGCACAAAGACCAUGGGAAAGCUCCUGCAGGUGCCAGUGGCCGGGGCUGUUCCCAGCACUGUGCUCUUUCUAGGCUCGCUUGGGGUGGGAUCCACCCCAGAGUAGCCCCAUGUUCCAGUCUCCUCCUCCCUCAGCUAGGCAGUGCCUGGCUGUUGGUGCUGUUUUUACUAUUGGGGGCGGGGGUCUGGACUUCGUGCCCACUUCUGUUGAGUACUGUCUGUAAUGAGUGUGGCAGAAGCUGUGAGGUGCUAUGCUGACAAGCCACCCUUUCCACUAAGCUCCAGGAUUUGCUGGUUUUUACCCCCUUCGUACCCUCUCUCAGGCUCUACAGGGCUCUGCAGUCUGGGAGGCAGAGCCCUGUUCCCCUCCUCCUUGGCUCUGGAAGUGUCCAGCUACCCUCCACUGGCACUGCUCUGUCUAGAUGGAAAGUGCAGUGACCCCACUACUGACAACCCUGCAGUCUCUACAAGCCUGGCAUUUGUGACAAGACUCUCAUUCCCAUGUU